AUGGUACAUCAAAAAGACUCCAACGAUGCGACAUGGGCAUGGAACCUCGACACCUUACCGGAGGAGACCACCACCAUAGUCUUGGACAUAUACCCAAAGAACAUAUCCGACACUUCCACCAAGAGCUCGGCUGAGGGUUAUGCUCAUGCAGCGACACAGUUCCUACUAGAGCACCUUCCUAAGGGCAACGGCCUAUUCAAGUUCCUGCUACCAUUGCAGUCUGGAUACAUAGUCCAAUCCGACUUUCUCGAGCGGCGCAUGGUCGACUGUCUGGAUGUGACCAAACUCCAAGGAUUUGUCACGCCAGGGCAACACAUCAGAGGGUACACUGCCGAGGUGUACCAUGGUAUGAGCAUCUCGAGCUUGCUUUCGUACUCCUACGGAGCAAUUGUGGUCCAAAAUGACAGCUCACUCUCUGUUGAAACGAUGUCUACGGCAAUCAACGAUCAAUUAGUAAAGCGCCUGUCCUUCCCCUGGCUCUCAUCGUCCCCUAUACCUCGAAAGCGUCUGGCUCUCGUUGGAGCUUGUUCCUUAACCAAGGCACACGGUUACCUGUUGGCGGCUGCCUCGCUGAAUAUAGCAAUGGUUGUGUUUGAUGAACCCAGUCACUGGCUGUCUGGUAAUGCAUAUAGCCAUCUUCGCGAAGAUUUUGUCCCGCUGGACAUGGCUAUAGAUAUGGACAUGGCACACCGCAUUGCAGCGGCGUUGAAGAGAUACCAAAACAGCAUGGAAGAGAAACCCAUUGAUGGUGUUAUGAGUCUCGAUGAGCGCUUUCAUACGAUCAUAGCUCACGUAGCCACACAAUUGGAUUUCAAAACCUCGCCUCCAGAGUCUGUGGGCUUGGUCCAGAACAAGUUCAAAGCGCGCCAACUUGACACAAACGUCUUUUGCAGACUCGUCCGCUCUCCGGAGGAUCUAGAGAAGAUGCUCGCCAAGGACGGACCACAGCUUGCCUACCCUCUUAUUAUCAAACCUGCUAAGGGUUGGUGUUCUGAGGGUGUCUGGAAAGUAGCCAAUGAGCAGGAACUGCGUGAGAAGGUGCAUUUGCUAUGGCGGGAGUCUUUCGCCGCGUGGCACGGUAACGAAGUUGUUAUCGAGACGUACGUCGAGGGCCCCGAGAUCGACGCAAAUAUAGUCCUUGUCGAUGGCGAGAUUGUUGUCUUCGAAGCCAAUGACGACUUUCCUUGUACUGGGGACUAUAACGACGAAAGCCUUGCCCGCGUACAAAAUUUUGUCGAGACGUCAAACAUGCUACCAUCAUCUCUCCCUCCGUAUGAGCUUCAGUCGGUCCAGCAAAGACUGCAUGAGCUUGCCUUAGCCGCCGGUUUCAGAAAUGCAAUCCUGCAUAUUGAGGCCAAGCUGCGUAACUCGAGCUGCCACUAUGCCAAGACGGAUUCCGAUGGACUUGUCGACUUGGAGCUUAAAACACCAGCAACUACGACAACACAUCCAGAGGAUGUCUUCCUCAUCGAAAUUAAUCCCCGCGCACCAGGCUGGCAAGAGGUCGAAGCUACCGCACGUACAUAUGGUGUAUGUUACUACAGUAUCUCCCUUCUAAACGCCUUGGCCGAUAAAGAGCGCAUCGUGUCCUUGUCCAACCCCUUCCUGGGUGGGCCUCAAUACCAUAUGCAACUGUUGUAUGUCUCAGCUCAGAAAGGGGGCAUCUAUAAGUUUGGCGACAUUUGCAAAAAAGUGUUGCAAGCUCCCGGUCAAAAACAUCAGCUUAGUGCUCAUGUUGUCAAAUCCGCCAAUCUCCUAGAGGACGGUGAGGAAGUUCCUGACCCUAGUACGGGACAAGUAUAUGGCACUUUUAUUGCCAUUUUCUUGGUUAUUUCACGGACGAGCCGCAAGGAAGCAAUGCGCAUUGGACAUGAGAUCGAACGUCUGGUUAGAGAGUAUACGGGUGGGUUCUGA